AUGUCGGCCAUCGAGAGUCUCACCACCCAUCUCGUCUCUCUAUCAACCCCUCGUCCGUAUUCUGCUGCCGUAGAGCAUCCCUUCCUCACCGCCGCCGGCCUUGGGACACUCCCUCCCGCCCUCCUCUCCCUCUACCUCUCCCAAGAUCGCAUCUACGCUGCGCACGCCUACCCAGCGUUUAUUGGUCGCCUUCUCGCAGUCAUCCCAUUUUCGUCGCUCGAUGAUCUGGAUUCUGAAGCGGAGCGGCGCAAUCAGCGUAUCGUGCAGAUGCUCUGCGGAGCGGUGCAGAACGUCGUGCGCGAAGUCAACUUCUUUGGCGAGACCGCGAAAACCUGGAAUCUGCAGUUGAAAGGUUGGAAAGAACGUAAGGCUACACGGGACUACACUGCAGAGAUGGCACGUGUGGGCGCGGAGGCAAGGUUAGAAGAUGGGCUAGUUUUCCUGUGGGCGAUGGAGAGGGUGUAUCUCGACGCAUGGCGGUAUGUUGGCUCGCUGAAGCCCAUUUGCACAAGUGAAUCCGAGCAAUCUACUGCGCCUGCGAUCGCUGAACUUGUUUCAAACUGGACAAACCCUGAAUUUGUCGCGUUCGUCGACGACCUCGCCGAUAUUGUGAACAGCCUUGAGAUCCAACCCGGCUCUUCGGCAUGGCUCCGAGCGGAGCAGAUUUGGGCGCGCGUCGUGGAGCUCGAGGAGGCGUUUUGGCCCAUCGGUGGAGAAGAGCUUAUAUCACUGGGUUCAAGUGAUCUCGUGCCAGAAACGUGA